CUGGUUGCGUGUGCGUGUGCGCUGGCUGCUAAUGUGCUGCAGCGUCCCGCCUCACUCGUGUUGCCGCUCAAGCACAACAUGGCCGCGAUCGGCAAGAGGUCCGCCUGCGACCUGCACUACGAGGUAGGCGUAAACGACGAUGGACUGAUUCAAUACUUAAAUCUCACGUACUACAACGAUUGCGGUUGUACGUAUAACGACACGUGCGGGCCGGGCAUCGCGAACCGCAUACAGAAUAUGUAUGACAGUACCCGUUAUAACAUCACUGGUUUCAGUGUGCUGACCGACAAGCCUUCUAAUACUUGGUGCAGAGCGCCUGCUUCAACAGAAGGUGUCGCUGUAAUGGAGCACAUAAUGGAGCGUAUCGCGCAUAUAACCAAGAAAGACCCCAUCGAAGUCAGAAUCACCAAUCUGGCCGCCAAGGAUGCCGUACUAAAGGAAAUGAUAGCGACAUUCAAAAUGGAAACCAAUUACGACGACAGAGUGUCCGAAAUCGCUAAGCACAACAAAGAAAAUGCUUGGAAGAAACGUGCUUUGAAGCUUUCGUUGAUGUCAUAUCCAAUCACUUUUUACGGGAAUCGCCCUGUGACGAUAUCCGUAUACCACGCGGAUGGAUCGGUUCUAAUAUCCCACGGCGGUAUUGAAAUGGGCCAAGGAAUCAAUACGAAAGUGGCUCAAGUCUGCGCUUAUGAAUUGAUGAUACCUUUGUCCAAAGUAACAGUAAAGGGGUCCGAUAGUUUCGUAUCACCCAACGCAAUGGUCAGCAGUGGUAGUAUAACUACCGAGUGUAUCGCCUACGCGACUAUUAAGGCUUGCAAAGAAUUGCUGAAUAGAUUAGAACCAUCAAGGAAUGAAUUGGUUGAUCCUACGUGGGAGGAAGUCGUCAAGAAAUCGUUCGAAAACAAUGUAAACCUUCAGGCAAGUUGGAUGACGUCUCCCUCAGACUCUUUAAUGGGUUAUGAUGUGUACGGAGUUUGUUUUACUGAGAUAUGCCUGGACGUGCUGACUGGUCAGCAUCAGAUCCUGAGGGUGGACAUCCUUGAAGAUACGGGACAAAGUCUCAACCCUAACUUGGACGUUGGUCAGAUCGAAGGUGCCUUUAUCAUGGGUGUAGGCAUGUGGACCAGCGAGCAUCUGAUCUAUUCCAAGUCGGGCCGCUUGCUCACUGACUGCACGUGGACCUACAAGCCACCUGGCGCUUUGGACAUCCCGAUAGACUUCCGUAUCAGCUUCCGGCGCAAUUCAAAGAACGAUACCGGCAUCCUUCGAUCAAAAGCCACGAGUGAACCUGCGCUUGUGUUAUCUGUGGGGGUAACGUUCGCACUUCACGAGGCCAUUCUUGAAGCCAGGAAGGAGUUUGGUUAUGAAGACACUGAAUGGCUGAAUAUUGAUACUCCGUACUGUGUCGAGAACAUUAUCAAAGCAAUCGCCCCCAAAAUACAAAGUUAUAAGCUUAAUUAA